AUGGAAAUAGGUGAACUCCGGAUAGUGCUGCUGGGGAAGACUGGAGUUGGGAAGAGCUCGACAGGAAACACCAUUUUAGGGAGAGACAUGUUCAGGGCAGAACUAUCUGCUGACUCGGUUACUAGCACGUGUCAGAGAGAGACAGCUGAAGUCAAUGGGAGGCAGAUUACAGUGAUUGACACUCCAGGGUUGUUUGAUACUGAGCGUGACAAUGAACACACCAAUAAAGAAAUCUCUAACUGCAUCUCACUGGUACUACCAGGCCCACAUGUGUUCCUCUUGGUGAUACCAGUGGGACGCUUUACUCCAGAGGAGCGUCUAGCAGUGGAGAUAAUUCAAGAAGCUUUCGGUGAUAACUUCAUCAAUUAUGCUAUUGUGCUCUUCACUAAAGGAGAUGAUCUGAAGAACAAGCCCAUUGAACACUACCUGGGGAAGCCAACAUUUUCUCUUCGGAACGUCAUUAAACAAUGUGGUGACAGAUACCAUGUGUUUAACAACAAUGAGACCCUAGACCGUAGUCAAGUCUCUGCUCUCCUGGACAAGAUAGACAACAUGGUGGCAGCAAAUGGAGGAGGUUAUUACAUGUUCCAGCAGCAAGAGAAGCUGGAGACUGGAAUGAUGGCAGAGGAAGGUACAUUGGGAGUUCAGCAUCUCUCAGAGCUCCUCAAGAACUCCCACAAGCUGGAGAAACUAGAAGGAGAGCUGUGCUGCGAUAGCAUCAGCUGCCACAUCAAACUCCUGCAGUUUGAAGGAGCUGAACCUGAGUUACAAUCAGCUUCAUGA